UCUGGUCCCUUCUUUACUACAGGAUACAUCAUGAGGGCUUUCGGUCUUGUCUUCCUCCUCGCCACCUCUGCCUUGGCAGCUCCUCAGGGCGAGUCUAACGAAGUAGACUCCAGCGAGCGUAAGCAGCCCAAGGCACGUCAGCUGGAGCAGUUCGUGUACCAAGCUCCCCAGUACGGUGCUAAGUUUGCCCCAGUUGGUGCCCAGUACACCCAGGGCAUCCCGGCUGGUGCCCAGAUCGUGUACCUGCAGGGUGGCUACCAGCAACAACAAUACGUCCCAGGCCAGCAGAUCGCUUACAUUGCUGGUGCCCCAGCCCAGCAGACCAUCGUCUCUGGAGCCCCUCAGACCUACUACUCUGGCGCAUACUCCACCCAGUUCGCCCAGCCCCAAGCUAACGUGGUUGCCGUUAAGAAGACUGUAGUCAAGCCCUCCUACAAGGUGGCUGUAGCCCCGCAGCCCCAGGUGUACAAGACUGUCACGUCCUACAAGCCCCAAGCCGCCCCCGCUGUGUACAAGGUGUCGGCCCCUGCCCCAGCACCCGCCCCCGUUGUCAAAGUUAGCGCUCCUGCCCCUGCUGUCCAAUACUCCGCACCUCACGCAGAGCCAGUCCAUGUCAUCGUGAAGCAAUUUGAAGACAACAACUUCGAUGGAUCUUUCACUUACAACUACGAGACCGACCACGGUAUUGCAGUUGAGUCUUCUGGUUACCUGAAGAACGCCGGAACUGAAAAUGAGAUUCAGGUGAUUCAGGGAAGCUACACCUACUACUCCCCAGAGGGUGUUCCCAUCACCACCACCUACAUUGCUGAUGAGAACGGCUUCCAAGUUCAGGGUGACCACCUUCCAGUGCCUCCCCCUCUGCCCGAAGCCAUCGCUAAGUCCAUCGAGUACCAGCGCAGUCUUCCUCCCACUGCUGAAGAACAAACCGCUGCUGCCGCCCGCCAAUGAACAACUCCUACCGAACAAAAUACCGGCUCAGAUUGAGCCCCUAUCUCAAUAGUCUGAUAUACUGUAUGUUUUAUAACCAGUUUCCUACGUAGAAUAAAUAAAAGUGCAAUAUCAUAUAAA